CAACUUUUGCGGCAAAAAGGACGAUCAUUUCAAUACGAGGAAGAAUGAAAAAAGUUCAUGGAUUAUAUGUUUAGUUAUCUUUUGAAGAGCAGAACAAUGUAUAAGACUGGCCAAUGGUUACUUCGGCAUAAGUAUAAGGCCUAUUGUAUAGUAGAAUCAAAUAUGUGUAGAUUUCUUAUCAAUAUGCUGUGAAUUUUGAAAGCAUCUGAAACUGUGCAUUUGAGACUUGAUUAUGUUAAUCGUUUUGUAAACAGUAUUCUUAUAAAAUGGACAUUGGAAUCGUUAAAAUUGCCGAGGAUAAGGAUUUUGAAAAAUUGAAACAACUAUAUGACGAUAAUAAUGACUGGAGAUUGGAUUACAAUAAACCUGAUUUGUCAGUUUGGACAAAAUCUGUACCGGGAAUAAGUUUUAGAAUGGUGAAAAUUAGAACACGUUUUGCUGAUGUUUUACCAGAGACAUUGUAUGAUGUAUUGCAUGAUCCUGAAUACAGAAAAGUCUGGGAUACCCACAUGAUCGAAUCAAGAGACAUAGGCUUUUUUAAUCCAAAUAAUGAUAUUGGUUAUUACUCUAUGGCUUGUCCAUCUCCAUUGAAAAACAGGGAUUUUGUACUACAGAGAUCCUGGCUUGACACUGGUAUGGAACAGUUAAUUCUAAAUCAUUCAGUUUUUCACAAAGAUUAUCCGCCAAGAAAACAAUUUGUGAGGGCAACAUCUUACCUUACAGGAUACAUUGUGAGACCAUCGCGAAAUGGCGAUGGUUCUGAAUUGGGAUACGUGUCUCACACUGAUCCACAUGGAAAAUUACCAGUUUGGCUGGUCAAUAAAGUUACACAAAUAUUUGCCCCAAAAAUGGUUAAAAAGUUGCACAAAGCCUCCGUGGCUUAUCCUAAUUGGAAGUUAUUAAAUAAUCCGAAUUGUAAACCAUGGCAUUUCCCUGAACAGAUUUCUGCACCACGAAUACGGACUGAAGAUUGUGUGAAGUCGGCAGAAGAAAGGAAUUCAAAAAAUCAUUACGUCGAUGAGUCAGAAUUAAAGGAGUCCAUAAUGGAUAGUGAUUAAGUUUUUUUUUUUCGAUAAGGAGAUGCACUC